AUGGUCUACGCGAAAUCUCUCUUGGUCGCGGCCGCACUAACCGCCACUGUUUCUGUCAAUGCGGCUGGACAUCACGGUGGCCGUCCGUCUCACCACAUAGACCAUGCCCCGGGGUACCCAGGUCAGCGGUUCAGAGGUGGCCCUCAUAGGCAAGGCGGCCCUCCCCACCGCCAGGUUCAGCGGAUCGCCAGGGAAGAGCUCGUUGAACUCGACGACCGUUCACUCCUCGAUCAAGUGCCUAACAUCCACCACGGUCCAGUUAUGUUUACCCACCCAAGAUUCACAAGAGAUGCAGACGAAGCAGAACUCGACGCAAGAGAGCCAAUGAUACUCCCUGGACCAUGGGAUCAGCGACGCUUCCCCGUGGACCAUAACCGUCACCAUCAUGCUACGCCACACCCACAUGGAAGCCCCAUGCUCAUAGCUAGAGAUGUUGACCAUGACAUCGAAGCCCGCGGUGGAAAGAAAUCUGGCAAGCACCAUGGCAAGCACCGCCACGGCAAGAAGCGUCCUCACGGUCACGGCCACGGUCGUCCCAAGCAGCACCGUCCUCACGGCCCCAGGCCUCACAAGCGUCCGCAGGGGAGACCUCAUAACAACGGUCCCAAAGGUCCCAAAGUACCAAAGACGCCUCAAGCGUCUCCGCCUCCAACCCAGCAGACCCCCGCUCCGGGCGCGCCAACGGGUCCUGACCUGGUUGAUUCGCAGAACCCUGUGGAGGCCGUACCACCCACGGCUCCAGACGCUCCUGGAUCCACGGGAGGCGCCCCGCCACCAGCAUCCCAGCCGAGCCAAGACCUUAAGACGCGAACGAUAGUUGACGAAGAGGACAUUCAAGUUCGCGCUGUAAAGAAACCCAAUGGAUCCCAAGGUCGUGGCAGGAAGCGUCCUCAACCUCAUGGCCGCCCCGGCCCUCACGGUCGUCCUGGCCCUCGUCCUCAUGGUCGUCCUCAUCCUCAUGGCCGUCCUAACCCCCACGGCCGUCCCAAUCCUCAUGGCCCCUUCCCGCCCCGUCCCCAUAUGCCCGUUAUCGGGCGUCCAAAAGGACCCAAAGGGCCAAAUGGUCCAAACAAGCCGACAAUUUUGCCUCCUAAGCUUCCAACUCCACCGGUCGCUCAACCAGACGUGCCGGGACUAGUGGUUGAUGCCCCUCCUGAUACGCAGAUCACACCACCUAUUGCACCGGCCGAACCUGGCGCACCUGCAGGUGCGCCUCAAACCCUUAAGGCCCGGAUAGUCGUCCCACCCUGGUACUUCCAAGAAGGAGGACGCCCAUUCGGCGGUCCAUAUCGUCCUCCCAGACCCGAAACUAGGUUCCGACGUGAUUACGAGUUAGACGAGCUCGACUAA